UCAUUAAGGAUUCAGUUUCGUUAUUAGUUAUUCACGUAUCCGCCUGGAUGUUCUCAAACACUGGUAUUCCGCAGGUGACGAGGCAGCCGAAUUCAGAGCGGAAUUAACGCUGUUCAAUCGUUGAAGCUGGACCCCAAAACACUGGCUAUCUUAUUCUUUUGGGGCUUUUAAAUAAUACUUAACGCGAUAAGAUAAUCGCGCUUGUAUAGAUAAGAAAAUCCCUGUAGCUUCAUAGAUGGAGUUUGCAGCGAACUUGCCAACGAACAUUCCACGUUGAAUUGUCUCGAGUCCCGUGUAGGAUUCGUACUACAGUUACAAUGCAUCUCAACAUUUCCAUCAAGAUCCUUAUAGCCGUUACGGUGAUGGCUCUUAGCUUCAUUACGCUCAGCGACGGACUGGAAUGUUACAUCUGCAGUUCGAGCGACGUUGACUGGAACGAAGACUGCGAAACUGGCAACCGGACACUGUUGCCAUCCAUUACGUGUCCCGACACUUACGAUGGGAAAACAGCGUACUGCACGUACAAGAAAACCCAAUGGAAGACGAUCAGUGGCGCUAAUUCGGUUCUCCGCAGUUGCGCCGACGAGCCGUUGUACCGCAACGGUCAGCAGGACCUGGAAGAUGGAAAUCUAACAGUUUGGUACCAGUCGUGCACCAUGGAUCUAUGUAACAACGCCUGCUCCUUUUCAAAAGAUCAAGUGUUGGCGGUAUUGACCAGCAUGUUCCCGCUCGUGUUGGCCAAAUUAUUGCAGUAAGGCGUGCUCCAUUUUGCUUCCGAAAAUGUGGAAUGGUUACUUUGAAAGCCUUUUUUUUUUUCUUCGCUCCAAGAUUCCGACGUGCCAAUGUAUCUUGAUGCAAGGUAAUACAAUACUAGAUGGCGUGGA